CAUUUUCAGCGCCACUCCGGCCACAUGGGGGCACUCUGGCCCCUCCUGUCAUGAUGCGCUGCAGGUGAUACGUCACCAAAUAUCCCCGACUAAGAAGAUGAGCGUCCAACAGUCGCGAAUCACCGCCAGGACCCGAUGCAGCAUGAGGGAAAUCGCGCUCCUGCCUUCACUCUGUUUGCUCUUCUUCCUCCUGGUGAGCUGCUGCCAGGCAGCCAGGCAAGGACAGGACAUCCGAUGUGGAGCCUGCAGGGCUCUGGUGGACGAGAUGGAGUGGGCCAUCUCCCAAGUUGACCCCAAGAAAACCAUCCAAACAGGCUCGUUCAGAAUCAACCCGGACGGCAGCCAGUCCAUCAGGGAGGUUCCUCUGGCACGGUCUGAGGGAAACCUUCUGGAGCUGAUGGAGAGUGUCUGUGAGAGGAUGGAAGACUACGGCGAGCGCACAGAUGCUGCCGACAACAGAAAGUCCUACGUCCGCAUCAAAUCUCGCAACGGUGAAGCCAUGGACCUUUCUGAGGCUACGCUGGACUCCAGAGUCACCAGCAGUCUAAAAUUCGCAUGCGAAGCCAUUGCUGAGCAGCACGAAGACGAACUCAUCGAAUUCUUCUCUCACGAGACAGAAAAUGUAAAAGACAAACUCUGCAGCAAGCGGACAGAUCUUUGUGACCAUGCUCUGAAAAUCCCGCACGAUGAACUUUGACACCCUCACGCCAUGGCGGCCCGUCUCUACUCCCCUGAUAUUGGCCGGUUCGCGCCAUGGCGGCGGCGGCAGGAGUGAAAGAAAGUUACGUAUGAAAGUCGCGCAGAUUCCAAAUCCUCAGAAAAGGUUUCAUCACUUGUGGAGAAUAAGGGGGUUUGUGUUAUGUCUUGAUCAUUUCAUCAACCCUUAUAUCUCUACCUCGCCAUAUGCAUCUCUCUUAAAGUAAUUCGUACAUUAUUAUUACUGUGAAAGUCUGCUCAAACUUAGUUGCAGGAUUUUUUGUGAAGUACACUGCCUGCUCUAGGAUGCAUAUAUAGAAGUGAAGGAUGAAAUAUAAUCCUUUGAGAUGUAGAUAGGUUCUCCUUAGGCACUCAGUGAUCUAAAUUAUGGAACUUUUCUUCUGAUAAAUUGAGUGAGUACUAUAUGUCUGCAGGUUGUCCCUCUUCAAAAUGCAGAAAAAAAGACUUUACUGUACAAUACGUUUCACAACUGUACACUCACUGAGUAUUUUUUCUACUAUUCUAUUUUCCACUGUAUGAACAACCCUUGUUUUUAUAUAAACUUUCAGAUUUC